AAAGAAAAUACUGUGGCAUGCGUUUCUUUGCUGAGAUCCGUAAACCAGAUUCCAGUGAAAGAUUCAGGUUCGCACGAGAUGUUGAAGUCAUAGCAUCCAAUGAAACUGGAGAAGGGGAUAUUAAUAAAACCAAUCCUCUUUUAGAAAGAUAUGGGGGAAACAAAUGUUACUGGGUACAUAUCAAGCAUCCAAUAUCAGCCAUAUAUUUUACCAGGGAGAUUAAUUACAUGGACUUUUUUGGUUGUAACAGCAAGAAUGAAAAACGAUAUCAUGAAGCCAUAUUGGCAUUUUUCAAGGAACAUUAUGCAUUUGUACCUGAUCCAACAUGGCUCAGUAAACAUAAAAAAACAAAAAAAUAUACCAAAAAAUCAUUGGUCGGAACCAAUAUCAGCACCCUUGUUAGUAAUCGACCAUCUAAAUAUACCAGAGAAAUUGUAGAUAUUGAAAAUGAAAGAGAG